UAAUUUGACUAGGGUAGGGAAGCUGAACGCUGCAGCGAACGAAUGUUGUGUCAAGCCGCCAGCUGAGCAAAAGACAAGAGAUUUGAGGAUGUCGAAUAAAUAGCGGAACGCAACGGUGUCCGAAAGACAGACGGCGUUCUCCUUCUUGACCGCAUAACGAUACAACAUCUUUAGUACCUAGCUCCGCAAACAUAACAGUGGACGACUAUUGUUGGAAUGCUUCAAGAUUUGGAGCAGAAUACCAAAUUGCCUUUCAUUACCGCAAUCAGGAGAUAGCCAGUAUGUGUUGAACAUGAAGACGCGAGUGGCAUGACAAACUAUCCUCGGGGGAAAGGCACGGUCAGGAAGAAGGGGAAAAAAUGAGUCGGUCAAGUGGCUACGGUUUUAGCCUCUUGCUACUGUCCACUAUCAGCCUCUACACCGCCGGGGUUCUAUCGGCGGUUUCAGAUAGAAACAGCACAGAAAACGGCACGGUGGCAGAUGGUGGAUUUGUCCCCCUGGUGUUCUCGAAAGUAAGCCAGAUCAUCGCCCGCGAAGGUAACUGCGCGCUGAUUGAUUGCAACGUCACUGGAGAGCCUGUACCGAAUAUACAGUGGUUCAACUCGCAUGGAGACCUGCUGGACACGGAGACAAGUGACAAGUGGUUGCUGACGGACGAUGGCAUCCUCAACAUCACAGAGAUCACGUUCGCCGACCGUGGCAAGUACACGUGCAUGGCGUCCAACGUGCACGGCAGCGCCAACUGCACAGUGACCAUGCGCGUGGUCCUGCACAGCGGGGACCUGGGGGCCUACUACGUUAUCGUGUGCCUCGUCACCUUCACCAUCAUCAUGAUCCUCAACAUCACGCGCCUCUGCAUGAUGAGCAGCCACCUGAAGAAGACUGAGAAGGCCAUCAACGACUUCUUCCGCACUGAGGGCGCCGAGAAGCUCCAGAAGGCGUUUGAAAUCGCCAAGCGUAUCCCCAUCAUCACGUCAGCCAAGACCCUGGAGCUGGCCAAGGUGACCCAGUUCAAGACCAUGGAGUUUGCCCGCUACAUCGAGGAGCUGGCCCGCAGCAUCCCGCUGCCCCCGCUCAUCAUGAACUGCCGCACCUUCAUGGAGGAGAUCCUGGAAGUGGUGGGGGUUGAGGAGAUGAGGCACACGUUCCUCCGCCAGGCCCCAGAGGGGCACCACAUGGGCGGGGCAUUGGGAUGCCGGGCGGCCCUGGUGCAGGGGGCCCUGGUCGGGGUGGGGCCCGGCGACGUCUUCACCAUCCUCCGGGAGAGAGAGAGGGAGCGAGAGAGGGAGCGUUCUGGAUCCCCUGCAGCGGAUUCUGACGACGCGUCGUUGCACGAGCAGCCUCAGCACAUCGCCAUCCAGGUGUCCAUCCACCCCCCGCUGCCCAUGGAGGCCCCGGCUCUGGCCGAGGCCACACCUUCAUCUCCUCCGCCAUUGGCUCCCCUGCACCUAGAGGAGGAGCAAGAAGAGCAGGGUUCUGAGCUGGAGCAGGAGCCAGUGGAGGAGGCGGCAUUGGGGGUGGAGCUGGAGGCGGAGCCAGAUCCAGAGGUUACUACUAAGCUACAGCCUGGUCAGGUGAUUUACGAAAGCUAUGUGUAAACAACAGGAGGGAAAAAAAGAAUGGGAUGAACGAUCCUGUCCUAUGCAUUUCCCUCCCCCACCCUCAAAAACAUAGAAUAUGUCAAGAAAAGGUCAUUUUAUUUCACUUCUCAACAGAACUAGCUUAAAACUGGAACCUAGAUACUACGUAUGUAGGUCCAUCUGGAUUAUAUUCUAAUAACCUAGUCUGGAUUCCAAUAAAUCAACUUGAUAAGACAUUGAGUAUAAUCAUCAUCCUUCAUGCUUAUGGAUCUUCAUGUUGAAUAUAUUGUGGCUGGAGAGGAUAACCAACAAGCGAUAUGCGUAAGUAUAAAGCAUUGUAAAGGGCCAUUUAAUUAGUAUUAGUAAGCAGACGAAAGAGCUGUUUGUUUUUCGAUUCAAGCAUUUCCUCAAUCGAUUUCAGGAA